CAGUCCAGAGGUUCUUUGAUGCUCGUCGAUACCGCUGCGUGAUGAUGUCAUACGCCAGAGAGCAAGGGAGGGAAGCAUGAUCAAAGGAGAGAGAGGGAGGGAUGAAGACGCAGGAGAGGAUAUCCAAGACAACAGCGGGACAAAGAUGGCGACUGCUCCUGCAACGGGACGUCCGCUGGCGUCCAGACCUCGGGAUCGCCGGGAGGGACCCCCGGCGACCCAGCAGGUGCGUGGGGGGGGGGGGUCCCUUGUUGCAACAGGACGACCACCGGCGCGACGGGCCGGAAACCACCAAGCCGACCUCAGCCUCCACCACCGCCGGGCUAGCACGGUUCAGAUCACCAUGGAUGAACUGUCCACCCGGGAGUGGAGAGAGAGGAGGACAGGUGACCGGACCUCACCUGAGCCACCUGAGCCUUCCUUCUGCUCGUGGGACGGCUGGCCUCAGCAGUUUAUAGGAGGCACGCCCGGUGCUCCUGACAGACUGACAGCCCGGCGCAGGCGACUCACGAGCGGGAUGCUGCGGUGGCGGCCGCGGCGCGCGCUCUCCGUCCGGUCAGUCACUCGUCCAGUGGAGGUGGGCUCCGUGGUCAGAACACCUGUCUACAGGGUGAAUUGUUUGCCAGCAAAAUCAUCGCCGGAGGGGAACGUCUGACUUCUCCCUUGUGCAGUCAGAGACAUGAGCGUUGUCAGAGAAUUACAUGGGAUCGGGUACAGGGGCGGUGGUGGGGGGGUUGUGGCCCCUCUCAGCGUCACUACCCACUUUACCGAGGAUGCUCCGCGACCCCCGGUUCCCGGCAAGGAGGGAUCUGAUUUGGACCCCCCGGUCCAGUCGGCCAACACCCGUCCGAACGCCCUUUCCCAAAGCCUCGGCUAUCCGUCAUCCUCGUCUUCUAAAAUGGGGGAUCUAUCGAGCUACACGCCCUCGUCGUCGUCGGCGACCCCUCGGCGCCCGGACCUGGACUUGGGGUACGAACCCGAGGGCUCGGCGUCGCCGACUCCGCCGUACCUGAAGUGGGCCGAGUCGCUUCACUCGCUCCUGGACGACCAGGAAGGCAUCCAGCUGUUCCGAAACUUCCUCUGCCAGGAAGGCUGCGCGGACCUUCUCGACUUCUGGUUCGCUUGCUCGGGGUUCAGGAAGACGAGCCAGGAGAAGAGGGCAAAGCUGGCCAAGGCCAUCUACAGGAAGUACAUCGUGGACGGAAGUGGGAUUGUCUCAAGGCAGAUCAAAGCAGCCACCAAGAGCUUCAUCCGAGACUGUGUGGGACGGCCGAAUCCAGACCCCGCCAUGUUUGAACAGGCCAAGACGGAGAUCCAAGGCAUGAUGGAGGAGAACACCUACCCGUUGUUCCUCAAGUCGGAUCUGUACCUGGAGUACACGCGUACGGGAGGAGAGAGCCCCAAGCCCAACCCCAGCGAUCAGAGCCCGUCGUCGGGGACUGCCAAGCCGGUGCCUGGGUACUUACCCACACUGGCUGAGGAUGAGGAGUGGAGGUGUGCAGAAGGUGUGAGGGAGGCGGAGGAAGAGAAGGAUGAGGAGUGUGGAGACACACCAGCUGACAGGCUGACGCAAAGCCUGCUGAUGCACACGGCGCCACACAGAUCAGCGACCACCAGGAGGAGGCCCGACGCCAGAGAGUACAGGCCGUGGAAGGAGCCGGUGAACCCGUACUACGCUAACAUGGGCUACGCUCGCGCUCCAGCCACCAGUGCCAACGACAGUGAGCAGCAGAGCAUGUCGAGCGACGCCGACACGAUGUCGCUGACCGACAGCAGCGUAGAUGGAAUUCCUCCGUACAGAUAUCGGAAGCAGCAUCGGAAAGAGAUGCAUGAAAGUGCCAAAGCCAACGGACGUGUGCCCCUACCUCAUAUACCUCGCACGUACCGCAUGCCAAAGGACAUCCACGUGGAGCCCGAGCGGUUCGCAGCGGAGCUCAUCUGCAGGCUGGAGACGGUUCUCCGGGAGCGAGAGGCUCAGGAACGACUCGAGGAGAGGCUGAAGAGAGUUCGACUGGAAGAAGAAGGUGACGAUGCUGACAUCUCUGUGGCGCCCUCCGUGUCCUCUCACAGCAUACCACUCCCCCUCCCCUCCACGUUCACACCUCUCUACGGCGCCCGCUACUCGGAGACCACCGCUAACACGGCGGUCGCCACCUACGGCGGCCUGGUUGCCAUGGAGGAUUCCCAAGACGACGACCCGGAAUCCAUCUUGGACGAGCACGUGCAGCGCGUGAUGAAAACGCCCGGCUGCCAGUCGCCGGGGGCGACCAACAGCGCCUUAGGAGGAGGGGGUCGACACAGUCCUCCCAAAUCAUCCCGCUCACCCGAAGGGGGGACCGGCCCGCCUCACUGCCCCCCAGGGAGGGGUCACGGCGUGCCUCCUGCCGGGGUCAAAGGUAUCCACCACCACAAGCAGUUGUAUCACCACAGAGGAAGAGACGGGCAGGAGGAGGCGGGCUCUAGGUCUCAGACCAACCUCAUGUGGAACGGAGACCCGGCCGGCCAGUACGCAGGGAGAAGUCGCAACUACGCCGACGGGGCCGGAGCCAGCACGCUGGAGGGCGUGGGCUACAGCAGUAAAGGCAGCACGCUGUCACGGCGAGGUUGUAAGAAGGCGUCGGAGACGUUGGGCAAAGGCGAGGAGAGCGGCCGUGGCCUGGAGGGCCAGGUGCCGAUGGAGGAUCUGGAGAGAAACCACAAGAUCCUGCAGUGGAUGAUGGAAGGAGACCGACAGAGGAAGACCUCCCAUGGCGGCAGCACCAGCAGCUCGAGGAGGACGGGGCCCAGCAGCGAGUCGCCGCGCCCGACGUCGGUGGAGCGCCCCGGCGCCGUGCACCCGUGGGUGUCUGCUCAGCUGCGCAACAACCCCUCCUCUGUGUCCCCCGCCGUCCCCGGCUCGGCGUCCACCCAGGUCCAGCCCUCGCACCCGUUCAUCCAGGACCCGGCCAUGCCCCCCAACCCGGCCCCCAACCCGCUCACCCAGCUGGAGGAGGCCAGGAGGAGGCUGGAGGAGGAGAGGAGGAGGAGCGCAGUACAGCAGGCCAAGCAGAGGCACAAGUCUGGUAAGCGGCAAGUGUGCGAGAACAUGACGGUGGCCUACUACUUUUGUGGAGAGCCGAUCCCGUACCGAACAUCGGUCAAAGGCCGUGUGGUGACUUUGGGCCAGUUCAAGGAGCUGCUUACCAAAAAGGGCCAUUACAGGUUCUACUUUAAGAAAGUGAGCGACGAGUUUGACUGCGGCGUGGUGUUCGAGGAGGUUCGUGACGAUGACGCUAUCCUGCCCAUCUUUGAGGAGAAGAUCAUCGGGAAGGUGGAGAAGGUUGACUGAAAUUUGCGACACAGAAUUGGGGGGCGAAGGACGGUGUCAUUUAAGAUGAGGGGGGGGAAAAAAGGAGAUGGAAAGAGAACAUUGGGGUUUGGAUGGAGGUUCAGCUGUGAGGGAAAAAAAGAACAAAAGAAAGUGGAAAGAUGGAAGGAGCCAUGUGUGACGGAGGGAGGGCGGUGGGGGCGCGCUUUAUUAAGGAGGUGGAGAUUUCUACGGACUCUCUGGAUGUCGGCGCCCCGGAUGGAACCCACGGGAAGCUCGGCCAUAACGGACGAGGAAAAGGACAUGAUGAUUUCUCCCUGUCUCGGCCCCGCCGUGGAUACUCGAGGAGCGCUGUUGGAAAUCAGAUGUCCGACCAGUCUUCCACUGCGAUGGAUGGGAAAGGGUGGGGGGGGAGGGGACUGCUGGCGGGGGGGGAGGAUAAACAAGUCUUCCACCUCGGCCCUCCGCAGACCAUCACGAUGCUGCUACAUUACCACGGAAACGUUUCAAAUCGGUGCUCGGGACAGUGAAGGAAGCGGCUCGGUUCCACUCGGGGAGUCUCGCAGCCUUUCUGCUGUCUCAUCAGCUGGUGACGGGGGGGGGGAGGAGACGGGGGCGAUUUUGGGAAGCGGAACCAUUAGUCCGCUUCUCCUCUCGUCGGACUUCGUAGCCUCAAAACAGAAACCUUCUCACCCUCGAUUCCUAGAUGUCAUGUAGUGAUCUCGCAUCAACAUGUUCAGACAACAGUUCUCCACAUACCUUGUUUACCAAAGCUACAUAUUUUUGAUAAGUCAAGUAUCCUAGCUACUUGUUUCAUUUUAUUUGUGUAUGUACAAGGCAGGUACUAUUACUUAUUAAUGCAGCCGUAUUUUGUUAUAUCUCCACUUAAUGUUGUAUUACUGUGUAUGUUUUGAAGCUAGUUCAUUAGUGAUUUCAGGGCAGCCUUUUUGUUUCUCCAUCUCUAAAAUACAUCCUUGCACCUCACUUCUGUACUGUUGACCUGCGAGUGUGUAGUUCUGUUUGCGAUGCAUUUUUUUUUUUUUUUAAAUGUUAUUUUUCCCACCCACAAGAAUCCUCAUGAAAGAGAGCAGCGCACACACUUAUGGUGCGCCUCCUUCGACCACAGUCACACUGUCACCUCAUCUGUCAUGUUUUGAUGCCACACUGCGUAUGUGGCUGUACUCAGUAUAGGUGCCUGCCUGCCUGGCCAGUGCCAUCACUAUCUAGAAUGCUUAUGUGAAGCGUGUUGGUGAGCGGCGUGUCCGCCUGAACUCAGCCAAAGAGCACACCGUGCGUGCCGUAUGCCUUCAUGCGUGUUUCUGUCUGUGCACGUCCACGGCCAUUAAGUCUUUUCUUUAAUCGUGAGCAGAUGGGGGGGGGGGGGGAAUCUUCUCCCUCCUGCGGAUUCCCAGAGGUCAACAUCUGCUGCUCGUCUUAAACGAACAGUUUCGACGGUCGAGAAGUGGUUUUCUUUUCUUGCCGUGAGAAAAUUGACACAAUUUCUGUGUCAGUUUGGCAAAUUCAAAGCUACAGGCUACAGUUCUUUAGCUUAGCUUAGCCUAGCCUAGCUUAGCGUAAAGACUGGAAACGGGCAAAAGGCUGGCUUGGCUUUUGUACACAUAAUCAAACACUUACCGGUUAAACUGCAACUUAUUUUGCCUUUUUAAUCUAUUGUUUUAGAAAAUGUCUUCCCUUCACUUUUCUUUUUAAUUGCUAGUUCUUUCCCACCAAAAGUUCCAUCACAUCGGAUGAAAUAGAGCGAAUCUGCAUUACCUAAAUAGCUGCUAUUUAUUUUUAAUCCAUUUAUUUAAACAGUUCGCAGCUGUAAAGCCGACUAAACCUGUUUAAAUAGUUGAGCCUUAAAGGUGCUCGUAGGGGGCGGAGCCAGGCUAGCCCCUUGCCAGUCGUUAUGCUAAGCUAAGCUAACCGGCUGCUGACUGUCCAUGUUUAACACGCAGACAUGAGCACGGUAUCAUUUUCAGCAAGAAAUGAAUUUAAAAAAAGCAUAUUUUCCCCAAAUGUCAAACCUCUCGCAUCAGUACUACGUCAUGAAGCAGAGAGUGCACUUAUCACACACCAGCUAUGUGAGAUUAAUGUAAUUUUGACUUUUUAUUCUUAAAAGCGUUUCCCAGCUAUCUCCUCAAAGGAAACGCCUCCUUCGGUCCCGUAAUCAUGUCGUGUCUUCAGCAUUGAUCUCAAACUGUCGGCCUGAGUGUUUUGUGUUAUCUAUGCUGGUAGUUAAUUGAAUGUGUUCAUCAAACAAAGAGCUCCUACUGUACGUCUUGCAGGAAUGUCAAAUACAUUUUUUUGUCCUGGGUUUCGGCCCAGAAAGGGAAACAUCGGGGAAACAUUAGUCCUCACUUCAACCCAUUAUGCCUUCGAUACGACAUUUUAAAUUUAGAUAUGUAUUUGUUUAUAAAAAAAAAAAGUGUAAUUUUAAUUAUCACCAAGCAUGUUCUUUACAAGGAAUGUUUUCCUGAUGAGUUGAAUUAUCUAUUUUUGUUUUAAUGCUCAUGUGCGACCUGCUACGGCCCUCUGAUAUAUUUUAUCUGAUUUGUUAGAACGCCCAGGGACAGUUGAAUGACGACAUUUGUUGUUUCUUGUGAUUAUGAUUCAAUGGACAGAACAAACAACUGCGUCUGUUGUCAGUUUGUGUGAAACACAGUGCCUUUCGAAAAAUAUCUUUAUUGAACCAAUCCAUGCUUUUAUUGUUAAAAGUUUUUAUUUCCAGUCGGACCCGUUGUAUUGUUAGCUGCAGUCAUGCUUGCUCACUUCUGUUCUAAUAGAUCCUCUGCUGUAAAUAUGUACAUUAUCAUUUCAUAUGUCUUCAGACCCGCACCACAUGUCCACGGUGUUUCUGUUUUUCGAAGGUAAACGCCAAGAUGUCACUGUGCUGGUUCCACUUGUACAUUUCUUUUAAAAAAAGGUACUUCAUAAUAAAGAUGUUAAAUAAAUCAGUCCUCUCCUUUU